CGUGUGCAUAACAUCAUUGACUGUGAACUAAGAAAACGAAAUUUCACAGCAAGUUCCGUGAUUGCAUUUCUUCAGGUGCAGUCAACACCAUCAACGCCAUGGUCUAUGACAUGACACAUUUGGCACCGGCGCCGCCGCAAAGCAUCUCGCUGAGCCGCUACUACAACAUGGAGCAGGACGAUGAGCUGGCGGCGGCCAACAAUGCGCUGGCCAACGGGCAUGUGGGUCAGGAUUACGCCGCGAGCACCACACUCGACAUCGAUCAGCGUUUUCAGGCACGCAUCGCAUGCGAGACGGCAGCACAGCCAGCUCCACCGCCGCCGCCAACGCCGGCGCCACGACGUCGGACCACACCGAUUGCCCACCUGGAUCCCUCGGAGCUGGUGGGUUUGUCCCGCGAGGAGCGGCGACGUCGCCGACGUGCCACACUCAAGUAUCGGACGGCGCAUGCCACAAGGGAACGCAUUCGGGUGGAAGCGUUCAAUGUCUCGUUUGCGGAGCUGAGGAAACUGCUGCCCACCCUGCCGCCGGAUAAGAAGCUCUCGAAGAUCGAGAUCCUCAAGUUGGCCAUCUGCUAUAUAGCGUAUCUGAAUCAUGUCCUAGAGACACCCUGAGAUACCGCCAACGCCUCCAGCUGUCGAAGCCAGUUGCCAGGCGCCAUGUUUCUCACUCUUCCACACGAUUAUCAGCCAAACGAACUCAACUAAUGAUGAGCCAUGUAAAUCCACAACUAUAUAGUGUAUAGCUCUAUAUGUAUAUCUUUAGUCUAUUAAUGUGUACUAUAUAGUAAGCUUUAGAUAAUAUCUU